AUGCAAAUCACGGGAGCUACAUUAUUCAAACAUGAAUCACAAACCUCAGUCGGCAUAGCAGAAAUACAAACCUCUCCUGAUACGGAGCGCUUUGUAGUAGUUGUUCAACGUAUUGAUGAUCUUGUAGACGAUGGAGGUGAAAUUCUUGCAGAGAAAAUCUCUGCUGUUGUCAUUAACUUUGACCUAAAGGAUGAAGCUUUAAUGGUGAACAAUGUCCCAGUUCCAUUGAACGUUACUUCUGUUCAGGUACUUCAAGCUGAGAUUGUUCCGGCCAAUAUAACACAAGAACAACUUAAAGAAUAUGAAAGCAGUUUCGACAUUGGAAUGGUAACGGUCGAGGUUAACACAAUUGCCAAUUCUUAUCCUACUGAUAAUCCCAAUAUCUCUCUUCGUCGCAUCAUUAUUGCCAUCCGUAUAAUCGAAAUUGACGGUGUAACUGUUGUCCAAAACGAUGUUAUUGAGAAGAUCCUUGAAGCUAAAUUUAUCAAUAGUGCAGGUUCUGCGGCAGAUAGUCAGACUUCUGACUCAAUCACUGGAUCACCCACAAUGGAUACUCCUUGCAAUUUAAGCACCAUAUUCGCUAAAAUCCGUCAUUGGUGGUGUUGUGCUUCCAAGAUCACUCGUGUAGCCAAUCUUGGUUUGAGGCAACCUUAUCAAGCUGUCUCGGAUCAUCACGAUGAUGAUGACGCAAAAGUUGAACAAGUUAUUUUCAUUGCUGACGAGGAAAAACGAAUGUUGAUGGAGAAACAUGGAAAAGAGGAGGAUCCGCCUAAUCCUAACCCAACCAGUAUUAUCCAUAAUAAAGAUCCUGCUGCCAAAGGCAUCACAAGAUUAUCAUCUAAUCCUCCUACAUCUAUUAAUUCACUAACACCACUAAUUAUACCUGUUACCAAACAUAAUGCAGGUAAUGAUAGUACACUUUUACCUGGUAUCCAAUUUUCAACUUCGAUUUUAUGGUAUUGUAAUCCUCCUCCCCAAAAUAAUAAUGCGGCUAUUGAUCCAACUGUAAUGGCUCCCAAUGUGCCCGCCAAAGAUUUACCAUUACUAAAUCUAUAUGUGUAA